AUGAAUUGUAAUUAUCAUAUCAGAAAUCCAAUAGCAUUUGUAUGUUUAGCUCCUCACAAGUGCGAAUGCUAAAGAAAACUUUGUGCUGAAUGCCUAUAUGGACAUGGAGUGGAUUUGAAAUGUGCAGUUCCUAUUGGAAUAUUUUAAGAAAUGGCUAUGAAGAAAUUAAAAGACUCCAACUUUAAUGAUACAACUGAGUUAACCAAAUAGAGAUUGGCCUUUAAAUCAUUGCUCUCUCAAACUGAAUUAAUGUUGAAGAAAAUUUGGGAGGAGUUGUCACAAUCAAUCAAAUAAAUUUACGAUUGGAUUGAAAAGGAAAACUAAUCAUACUUAAACCUCCUCAAUGAAAACACUAAUCUAGCUGAAUCCUCCUACAGUGAUAUAGAAAAAUUAGUCAACUUUGUAGAAGGAUCAACUUUAAAUGAUUGGAAUGCUUCGAAGAAUUCUUAUAUGAAGGAGUUAGAUAAGACCAAGAGCUGGUGGGACCAAUAUAUAAAGGCUUUUAUUGAGAAGUCUAACUAAGGAAUCCAACAGAUCCAAUCAUUAAUCAAGUAAGUAUUCAUUUGUUAUUAUAGAAUUUAAGCCAAUCAAGAAGAAGAAUCAGAAGAAGUUUAUUAAAUGAAGGAAGAUUUAUAUGAGAUACUUACCUACACCUAGGAUAUAGAUGAAUCUCUCUAUUAGUAGAUUCUUGAAAUACUCAGAUAAGAGAAAGUUUUAGACAUUAUUGGAUUCCUGUCAAAGACAAACAAUCAUCAGUUUUAUGAAUCUUUAAUCAAGAAGUAAGAGAAUGUAAAGGAUGUCAAGAAGUUAGCAAAGAAAAUCACAAAUGUCUUGAGAAAUAUUUAGGAACAUAAAUUUAGUAAGGAUGACUAUUCUUCUGAGACUUAUGAAAAGGAAAGAGCAGAUCUGAUCAAGAGGGUGAAGGAUAACAAAAAGAUCACAAAUUUCAUCAAAUUUUUAGUACUAUUAACAAGCAUAGAUGUAAAAUUUAUUCAAUCGGGAUCAAAUGGACUUAGUUUAUUAGUGGCCCUGAAGGUUGAUAUUAGGAGCUAUUCCUUUGAAAAAAUUAGGAUCAAAAAUACUUCUUUGUUUGGAGGAAACUUUGUUCGAUGUAAUUUGAAUGGAUCAGAAUUUGAGAAUGUCGAUAUUAGCGGAGUCAAUUUUAAUGGAGCUUAGAUGUUUAAUUGUAAAUGGAAGAACAUAAAAGUCCAUGAAUUGAAUAAACUGGAUGGUCAUAGUAGUUGUGUUAGAUCAGUUUGUUUCUCUCCUGAUGGAAAUACAUUAGCUUCUGGUAGUGAAGAUAACUCUAUCCGUCUAUGGGAUGUCAAAACAGGAUAAUAAAAAGCCAAAUUAGAUGGUCAUAGUAACUAAGUUUGGUCAGUCUGUUUCUCUCCUGAUGGAAAUACAUUAGCUUCUGGUAGU